AUGCAUCUUCUUGUUUUUGUUAGUGCUUGUACUGAAUUACUCUUGUUUCUGAAAAUUGUAGAUGCAAAGCGUUUGAUUGAGAGAAGGGUUUCAGAUCCAUCACCAUCAGUUCUAGCUUAUGGCUUUUCAAGGUUAUUGCUGGACCAGAUGCGUGAGAUUGCAGAAGCUUAUCUUGGUUCUUCAAUAAAGAAUGCUGUUCUUACUGUCCCUGCAUACUUCAAUGAUUUGCAGCGUCAAGCUGCAAAGGAUGCUGGCGUCAUUGGCGCAGUUGCUUAUGCUGGUGUCAUUGGUGUUCUUACCACAACAGUUGUGGCAAGAGUCGAGUACCGGGGAGAAGAUUUCGAUAACGGGAUGGUGAAGGGUUUUAAGAGGAAGAAUAAGGACAUCAGUGGAAAUCCUAGGGCAUUGAGAAGGUUGAGGACAUCUUGUGAGAGAGCGAAGAGGACUAUUUUGUCCACUGAUCAGACCACUGAGACUGAUUUUUUGUAUGGAGGUGUUGAUUUUUACACAUCCAUUACUCUUGCUAGAUUUGAGGAGAUGAACAUGGAUCAUUUUAGGAAGUGUGUGGAGCCACUUGAGAAGUGGUUGAGGGAUGCUAAGAUGGACAACAACAGUGUUCAUGAUGUUGUUCUGGACGGAGGAUCAACUAGGAUUCCUAAAGUGCAGCAACUGUUGCAGGAGUUAUUUUAUGGGAAGAAAAACUCUGCAAGAGCCACUGCGAUUUUGAGUGGUGAAACUAUUCGGAACUUAGAUCAAUUGUUGCUGUUGGAUGUCACUCAUCUAUCCCUUGGGCUCGAGACAGCUGAAGGGAUUACCGUUUGGUUUGGCAUCGAUGCGAAUGGUAUUCUGAAUGUGUCUGCUGAGGAUAAAACUACAGGGCAGAAGAACAAAAUCACAAUCACUAAUGAUAAGGAAAGUUGUCCAAGGAGGAGAUUGAGAAGAUGGUGCAAGAAACCGAGAAGGACAAGACAGGAUGAACAACACAAGCAGAAUGUCUGA